AUGAGACUCUUCUCCCUUUCUGUCAUUCCAGCUCUUCCUGAGUCUACCUCGAGCCAUGUUCCCCCGCAGAGCACAGCCUCAGGGCAACAGGAACUGGGAGCGGGAGAAAGCGUGAACGGCAAAAGUAGCAGCUCAAAGAAGGAAACCCCACAGCUGGGGCUCAGACCCCCAAGGACAGGGUACCACCUGGCUGACACUGGUAUCACAGAAUGGCUCUCAGCCAUAGAUCAGCAAACAAGUGCUGGCGAGGGUGUGGGGAAAGGGAGACCCGGUGCCGGCGAGGGCGUGGGGAAAGGGGGACCCGGUGCCGGCGAGGGCGUGGGGAAAGGGGGACCCGGUGCCGGCGAGGGCGUGGGGAAAGGGGGACCCGGUGCCGGCGAGGGCGUGGGGAAAGGGGGACCCGGUGCCGGCGAGGGCGUGGGGAAAGGGGGACCCGGUGCCGGCGAGGGCGUGGGGAAAGGGGGACCCGGUGCCGGCGAGGGCGUGGGGAAAGGGGGACCCGGUGCCGGCGAGGGCGUGGGGAAAGGGGGACCCGGUGCCGGCGAGGGCGUGGGGAAAGGGGGACCCGGUGCCGGCGAGGGCGUGGGGAAAGGGGGACCCGGUGCCGGCGAGGGCGUGGGGAAAGGGGGACCCGGUGCCGGCGAGGGCGUGGGGAAAGGGGGACCCGGUGCCGGCGAGGGCGUGGGGAAAGGGGGACCCGGUGCCGGCGAGGGCGUGGGGAAAGGGGGACCCGGUGCCGGCGAGGGCGUGGGGAAAGGGGGACCCGGUGCCGGCGAGGGCGUGGGGAAAGGGGGACCCGGUGCCGGCGAGGGCGUGGGGAAAGGGGGACCCGGUGCCGGCGAGGGCGUGGGGAAAGGGGGACCCGGUGCCGGCGAGGGCGUGGGGAAAGGGGGACCCGGUGCCGGCGAGGGCGUGGGGAAAGGGGGACCCGCUGCAGCUCAAAGGACUCGGGAGAGUUUCAGCCGUCGUAUGGACUGGCCUGGCACGGCGGGGGCAGAGGGCGCCAUCAGUCCCGCGUCUCUGCUCUGCGCGGAAAACCGAGCGCGGGGGAGCAAAGGGGUCCGCCCAUGCGGCACUGCUGCUUGGGACCGUCUCGGGGCCUUCCCUUCCCACUCCGCUGCUCAGUCACUUCCUCGGCCUGUGGGCCUCGGGCUUGGGCGCUCGAGGAGCAUUGGAGUGCUCCUUCCUUCCCACGUGGAGGGGGUGGCGCCUGAAACACCUGGAAACGAACCCCGCAGCUUAACAGUGAGACUGCAGCACCCCCGGCCGCAGGGCCUGUCUGCAGCGCGAGGCGCGCUCAGCUGCGAACCCCUGGCCCGACCGGGUCCCUAA